AUGCCAGCGUCCGGGAAGAUGGCCAUCCCGCCGGCUCAGCCCAAGGUUCAGCAGGGCGGUGUGCCCAAUGACGUCCUGUACAAGCUUGUCGUGUUUGCGCUCCUCACUGCGAUCGUGCCCGUGACGGCCUACUUUGGAAGCGUGCGGUAUCUGUUUGAUGGCAACACGCAAUACGCCGCCCUCCUCGCUGUACUGUCCGCCAACAUCGUGCUCUUCUCCUAUGUUUACGUCGCGUUCCGGGAGGAGAAGGCCGCGGCAGCCCAGGAGAAGGCGGCCAAGUCGCAAUAG